AUGGCGACAAGCAUAACGCCCGCCUUCAGAAUAGGCACAAAAGAGCUCUACCUCCCCAUGGCCAACAUAACCUUCCUCCGCGGCCGCGACCCUCACCACGCCAAAUUCCAAGUCCCGCUCUGGUUCUCCAAACUCGACCUGCGCGACUACCUCUGGCACGCCUACAACGUCGAAACCUACUCCGCGCGCUCCUACGUAAAACUCUCCCCGGUGCGUCCCAAAGAAGGCCACCAUCCGCGGCGCUGGCACCGCAAGCGCUCGAGGAAAUUCAUGACGGUGGAGUUGGCGCGCCCGUUUGUGUGGCCUGCGGAGCCGGAGGAUUUGAGCGAGUGGAGCGCGGAUACCGUGCAGGGCGCGAGUAAAGAGCAGAGGAGCUUUCAGGAGCUGCAGGGGAGUACCAAGGAUACGAUUGUGAAUGAGGAGCGGAGGGAGAGGAUGAGGGAGCAGGCGAGGGCGCUGCUCGAGGGGAAGGCGAAGUGGAAACCGCCGGUGAGGUCGUUUGGGACGGAGAUGUAUUCGAGGCAGCGGUGA